GUCAGUUCUUGUUGUCAAGUCAAGGGCUAACGAAGUCAGAACUUAUUGGCCCCAUCUGUUAAGGUAUUGGCCUUAUUCAGGCGGUUUUUUGUGUAGAUUUCAAAAAAUUAUUUGAAAGUUAUCAGCGCGCUAAAGAGAUGCAUUUCCGCUGGAUCACUGCUGCCUUGUUGGUGAUCUUGUUGACUACCGCCCCGGUGGACUCUCAAAGACGCCGUAAAGGCGAAAGGAAAAAAGAAUCCGAGGCUACCACUGCUGCACCGAAGGUAGAGGUGAAACAAGAAGGGGGAGGGGGAGGAGGAAGACGUUCGGGACGUCACACGACUACUACGACUACUACCACACCGCCAACUACCCUAGCUGUUGCUGAGGAAGAAGUGGAAGAGGAAAUUCAGAUCACCAAUGAAUCUCGGUCGCCUGUAAAUGUGUGCCCUCCCGAAUUGAAACCUCAAGAGGGUAAAAUUUUACCAUGCACCUGUCGUGAUGAACUGGACGAAAAUGCUCUGAUGAUUGAAUGUGUCGCUCUUACAAGUGCACAACAAAUGCAUAAAAUUUUCAACACUUUGCUUCUCGGUAAGCGGAUCGACGCACUAGAAGUUCGUAACUCGACUCUUGGACCACUUUUGGCUCGUCAAACUGCCCAAGCUUAUGUUGGAAAUAUGCUUAUGAGAGGCAACGAAAUCACCGAACUUGUCCAUAAUACAUUUCAAGGAACCGAUCAAAUCGUUGGACGUCUAGAUCUAAGUUCAAAUCGGCUUACCAGGGUCAAUUUUUCUAUGUUUGACUCGUUCACUCAACUGCAGGUCCUGAACUUGGGCGAGAAUCAACUGACAAACAUUGAAGAUGCCGGUCAAGCGCCUUCUCUAAGAGUACUUUAUCUCUACUCCAACAAGAUUGACACGAUUGCUCCUAAAGCAUUCCGGCGUUUGGGCGCACUAGAAUAUCUCGACCUUCGCUGGAAUAAUCUGCAAGUUUUAGCUCCCGGUGCGUUUCACGUUUCCUCUGAUCGGUGGCAGCUACGUUUACGUGCCAAUCAACUAAGUUCACUAGAACAGGCUUUUUCAGAAGAUAAUAUGCCGUAUCUUAUUGACCUAAGUUUAAACAACAUCGCAUCCCUAACAGACAACAUUUACGGACCUAUAAUCGACUCGGCUAUUUUGGAAGGUUCAAAAUUCUAUGUGGCGGGCAAUCCUAUCGCGUGUGACUGCAGCCUUGCCUGGUUAGUAAAAAACGCACGACUACUAUCCAUCGUGGUUGGCGCGAGGUGCGAUGGUGAUGGCUCACCCAUCGCCGAUCUUGGCCUUGACGAUUUCCGCAAAUGUCCUCCUCCAAGACCAUGGAAAUCUCAGUUGGACAAGACUUUAGCUGAGUUGGCAAAAGAUAACGAAACGAAGUAGAACUUACCAUUUACGAGAAUUGUCAGUAGACAAUCAAACAAUGGCUGAAGACGUUGAUGUCCUGUAGUGAUUAUCUUGUGGAAUACAACCACCAGCAAAUCGG